UGAAAUAUACGAUACACUUAUCAGGAGACAAUGAUAAGUUUUUUAUAUAUAUGUUUAUACGUAGUUAUGUAUUUGUUACAUAACAAUAUUUCACAACCAAUAAUGAUCAAAUGCACACUUACACUAUGUAGUGUUUAUUUCCUAAUGCUAGUGACAAAAAAAAAGAACUAGAUUCACAAUGUAUUUAUUUUGUUACCGGCAAUAGUUCCUUUAAUUCCGUAUGUGCAUAAGCACUUGUAUACCUACAUUGUGAUAGCACGUGUAUUUAUGUAUACCUACAGUGAGUGACAUUUGCAUCAUCUGAUUAAUUAAAUACAAUGUUUUCAUAUGUUAAUUAUGCUGAUGCGUUCUCAUUGUAAAUUUACAGUUAAUAUGGAAAGCAAUGUUUCAUUUUCUUUUAGAAUUUUGCACCAUUUUUACGGCAUCGAUUAAUAAAGAAAAUUCCAAAAAAAUCAGAUGAGGAUGAACAUAGAUGUUGAAGAAAGUAAUCGUAUGUCAUAGCUUUUUAACAAUUCAUUAAACUGUUAAAACUUGACAUAAUAUGGGACCUGUUACUUCAAGCGACAGGUUACUUUAACGAGUGAAUAUUAAUUGGAAUUAUGUGAACGAUGUAAAUAAUUCAGUUCAAUACGAUAAUUCGCUAGAAUUAUAGAAGAGGUUUAUCCGCGAUCAAAUUAAUUUAUUUAUAUUGAACAAUAGUAACAUGUUUAAGCGAAUAGAAAAUAAUAGAGAAAAUGAGUAUUCUGUGCCGGCUAAACGACCCAAAUAUGAUACAAAGAAAGGAAACGUUUCUGCAAAAGGCAGAGAGGUGGAAAAUAAAAACUUUGGAAAAUCUGAUGAUGUAUGGGGUGACGAUUUUGCAGAGGAAGACUUUGAAGAGAUGGAUUUUGUUACAUCUCAAGCUUGUUUACAGGAAGAGAUUACUUUGACUCAAACAAGUAAACAGCAAAAUGUGUCGCUUAUGCAAAGAUGUAAUAUGCCAUCAACAAGUAAAGUUGGUUCUAAUACAAACAAUGUUACCAAUAAACCAUUAAGAUCUUCUUUAUAUAUCACUCAGAGGCAAGAAGUGGAUAAAUCAAAGGACAUAAGUAAUAUAGUGUCCGUCGAUUAUAACGAGUUUGAAAAUAAAUUAAUGAAUAGAACAGUCUCUAAUUCAACAUUUAAAUUGGAGGGAGGUGUAGUUUUUGCAGAAACGAAAUACAUGAAAGAAUUAGAGAAAUUAAAACUUGAAAAUAAGAAGUUAUUAAAUGAUUUUAUAACGAAAGAGGGAGAAGCUGUUUUUCUACGUAAUCAGUUACAACAGACUCAGUUAAGAGCAGAGACUGAUAAAUUGGAAAAAAUUCGUUUAAUUGAGGAGCUAGAAAAUCAACAUAGAACAGAAAUUAAUACAAUUUGUAAAGAAAAAGAACAUCUAAAGACUCAACUUGAAUUACAGACAUUUGAAGUAGGUAAUCUAAUGGAGCGUUGCAAAUUAUUAGAAACAGGAAAUGUUAAAUUAACAGAUCCACGUGCCAUAAAUUUGAAUACUUUUAUGAAUAAAAGUAAAUUUAAUUCAUCAAUGAACAGAACAUUAAUUUCAACAACAAAGCCAAGGAAAGCAAAAGACUCAUGUGUCCAAGCAACUAUUCAAGACAAAACCAGUUAUUUUCUUAAAACCUGGAGUCCAUAUUAUCCUCUAAAAAAUAUCUCCAAGUUAAUAUAUGACACACCACAGCCAGAGAAAUCUAUUAUCAAUAUACAAAUGAUAGAAAAAACUGGACGAAGAAAUUUACCAAUUUUACAGGAAGAAGACACCUGUAGAAUAUUCGAAAAACCGGAACUUGGGAAACCCGUAACAACUAUGAUAGAUGAUAAGAAACUUACGACGGAAUUUAUUAUACCAGAAAUAGCAGCCCUUCAAAAUAAGACGGAUUCUGAGCUUGAAUCAGAAAAUUCGAUACGGAUAAUGAAUAAACUAAUCUCUACUGCGAGGGAGUUAAUCCUGAAUGUUAUCACCAUUCUCCAGACAAUUUUUCAAGCUAUGAGAAAUGAUGAUAUACGAGACAUGAACGAUAUUUACUUUUCUGAUCUAUACUUGAAUUCUGAUUUCAAUGGGAAAUCCGUAUGCGAUGCCAAUGCAUGGCACGAUUGCGAGCGUGGUGUUGAAGUUAGAAGAGUGUUUGGCAUAAUUUCAUAUGUGACUCUGGAGUCGACAUAUCUUAGUAAAUAUAUUGCUGGGAAGACACCAUUGCUUACUGACAGGGAUACAAGUUAUCACAGUUAUUCACGGCAGAUGGUUCGUUAUAAUACAUGGUUGGAAAAGGGUCAAGAUUUUGAAAUGUUGAAACUGAUUUUACAGUUUGUCGUUUUAGUUGGCUCCACGAGAAGAGCUCAUCAGUUUAGUGGACUUAUGUGUGCGAUUAUGAUGAUUGUAUAUAAUGUCUAUAAAAAAGUUGGAUAUUGCUCUCUAGGAAUGGAGUAUGUUUAUCAGAUAUUUAAGGAAAUAGUCUUUUGUAGACCUCUGCCAUACUGUUAUUCGUUUCUUAGCAAUAUAAUGUUAAUAUUUACCAAGUCCGCAACAUACUUAAGGAAACUCUGUGUUAAUUCCGAGUUAACGGCAGUGAACAAUUGGAAGGGUUCACUACAUUUUACUCCAGAUGCUUGUCCAUUGCAAAUAUUUCUGGCACAAGUGGAGAACCAUCAUUUUGACACAAUAGUCGCUUUAGAUAUUACAAACGCAUUGUUACAGUUUGUACAGUACAUACUGCAAACAGAUGUGAUUCCCCUAAGAUCUGAAGCCUUGGACUGUUGUAAUUGUUGUAUGAAAUUGCUACGAUUCACUAUGAAAACCCUGUCUAAAUGUGCAGAGGUGAAUCUGAGUACUAUUGGGGAUCUUUAUUCAGACCAUUUUCCUCUACAACAAAAAAACUGUUGUAACUUGAAAAGUAUUUGUUUUAAACAUUCAGUGUCUCCAAUAAAUAGAAAUACGAAAUGUAUAUAUGAAGUAUAUCAAGAUAAAUUUUCUGAUCCAAAUACUUGGACAAUCAUAAAGAGAAAACAGAUAAAAGUAUUGAGAGAUGGAAUUCGAUUUCUUGCUCAUUUGACUAUAUGUGAUCCUGAUUUUGUUAUUCGGUUAUCAGAUAUUGAAGACUCUUUUCAUUUGUUCCUGAGGAACAUUAGCAAUUUUGAUAACCUUGUCCUCCAUGAGAAUGAACAAGAGGCCAUGAAUCGAAUAAAACAAACGUUUAUAUUUGAUAAACUUCCUCAGUCUGAGAUUGAAGAAUUUAAUAGAGGUACUGUGAGGCAAUUGGAUAUAUUAUCGAAUUUCCAAAAGAAAUCCGUUCAGCCGGUCUCCGUUAGUUCUAAGAAGAAUGAAAAUCAUAAUAAAUUCUUGACUACAAUUAAGUCAUUGUAUAAUAAUAGAAUGGAAUUGUCCAACUAAGAUGUAGAAUUGUCUAAUCGUGUAUUUAAGAUUUACUACAAAGUAAAUUAUACUGAAAGAAAUAUUGUAAGAUAAAUUAUUCUGAUACUGAAAACUCGGUAGUAUCUGAAUUGUAAUGCCAUAUUUUGUACAUAAUG